AAGACCCGUUAGUCUCACUUCUAAAUACUGAGCGUUUGGCGAAGGAGCGAUCACUACCAAUGUUUGUUUACGUCUUAGGUUUGAGGCGGCCAUUGUACUAGCGGGGCUCGAACUCACAACCUCCCGGUUAUGUAGCGAACGGAGCCAACGAGACCGAUCUAGCAAUGGAGCAGAAAAAUGGCUACGCAUUACUCUACUGGUGAUGAAGAAAGCAGCAUAAAAUCUGAUAACUAUCUGUUUGUGGCCGCUUUGGAUUUUGGGACGACAUACUCGGGUUACGCAUUCAGCUCGCGAUCUGACUAUCAGAAUAACCCACUAAAGAUACAUGCCAACCAAGCCUGGAAUGCUGGCGGAAGUUCGUUGUUCUCUCUUAAGACUCCGACAUCCCUUCUUUUGGACUCUGAGGGUGAAUUUGUCUCAUUUGGUUAUGAAGCAGAAAACAAAUAUGGCAGUCUGGCACUGGAUGGAGACAGCUCGCGCUACUUGUUCUUCUCAAGAUUCAAAAUGAAACUACACCGUCGAGAUCUCCUAAAAGAAGACACACCAAUUCCUGACAUGUCCGGAAAGCCAUGGCCAGCAAAGGACGUUUUCAUGCAGUCCAUUAAAGCUCUAAAGGACCAUUUGAUGGAGCGGCUGACUCUCCAAGGAUUCAAGAUCACAACCCGAGAAAUCCGAUGGGUGCUAACGGUUCCUGCCAUCUGGAGUGAGUCAGCAAAGAAAUUCAUGCGCAGAUGCGCAGAACUUGCUGGGAUUCCGACGGAAUUGUUGUUCAUUGCUUUGGAACCAGAAGCGGCUUCUAUAUACUGCCAGCACCUCCCACAUGAAACUUCCGCUCAGGAUGUUUCCACGAAGGGAGCUAAAUAUAUGAUAAUAGAUAUCGGAGGUGGCACCGCUGACAUCACCAUGCAUGAAAACCUGGGUUCUGGCAGACUACGAGAACUUCACGCUGCUACAGGUGGCGCCUGUGGCGGAACAGCGGUAGACAGAGAGUAUAGCAAUAUGUUGACUAAAAUUAUCGGCACCGAAGUCAUGAUAAGGCUUGCUAAGCAUGAAACUAGUGCUUAUCUCGACAUUUUCAGAGAAUUCGAAUCCGCCAAACGGUUAAUAAAACCGGAUACAGAGGGCUCGAUUAGAUUAACCGUUCCAUAUGCGACAGUCAAUGCCUUAUGCGAAGAAAUUCAUGGUCAGAAACUCGAGGAUCUGUUCCAAAACUCAAGGUACUCUGAGAGCAUUGUCAUCAAAAAAGACAAAAUAAACAUUGAUGCAACUGUAAUGAAACAAUUCUUCGAACCAGCUAUCAAUGAACUAGUCAAACAUGUAAAGGAUAUUAUGAAAACCCCGAAAGCGAAAGACAUCACGAAAAUCCUGCUCGUGGGUGGAUGUGCAGACUCAAAAAUAUUUCAAAAUGCUGUGGGCCAGGCAAUUCCAGAUGUUCAACUCAUUGUCCCAGAUGAGGCAGGAUUAGCGGUUCUAAAGGGGGCAGUUAUAUUCGGUCACAAUCCAAAUGUGAUCAAGUCCCGAAUAAUUCGAUACUCGUACGGAACACAGAUCACUCCAAGGUUUAUACCUGGUAUUCAUCCAUGGAAGAAGUUGAUCAAUAUCCUCGGGGUUGCCAGGUGCGAAGGCGUUUUUCACCCAAUCAUAGCCGCAGGCACAGAAGUUAAACUAGACCAAAAGAUAAUCAAAACAUACUACACAGCAAGUAUGUUUCAAGAAUUUGUUGAAAUUUCUAUCUAUUCCACGCCAAAACAAAAUGCGCGCUAUACGGAUGACGUUGGUUGCUUCUUGUUAGGAAGUAUGGUAGUUAAACUUCCGGUCCAAACUUUCCAGGGUCAGCCGGUUAUUGUCGAAUUUUCUUUUGGAAACACGGAACUUACCGUUAUUACAAAAGAUAUUUUUUCUCAUAACACUUGUAAAUCAUCAUUUACCUUCAACGAGGAAAGUUAAUUAUAGUGUAACAUCAGGACGGUUCGUGAUACAAGGUCGUGUGCGGAAAUACAAAAGUGCUGUUCCGUCCUGAAUUCUACCCAUUCAGGCGCAACAUGUGGGCCUACUAUUACUGAACGUUUAAUGAAAACAAUAGAAUGGAAUACCAAAUAUUUAUACAAUAUAUUUGAUAUACAAUAAAACAUACAAAUAAAACAAAGAAAAUAAACGGGUCACAGCACUGGACUCCUCUGGACAGUCCCGCAUCAGAGAAACCAAGCACCUGAUCCUGUGUCAGUUAGGAGAACAAUCAACUAAUUGUAAUGUAUAUUUGCUUAGAAGUUUGACUAACAUAUCCUCUUCAGGGAUAUAAUAAUAUUUCAGGUUUUCGGGUAGAGCUAUAUAACGCGAUACGAAUUAACUUAUACUAACAUUGGAUGUCAAUAAACGACGUUGUGCAAUUCACAUGGUGUCCCCUCAAGGGAAUCGAACAACGUAAACAGUUCAUUUUCAGGCUCAUAAUUCAGUACUCUUUAUGCCUACAUGUAGCAAUUAUAAUAAAAUCAUAAAUUGAA